GAGAAGUUUCGAUAUUUGAGAGCUUCAACCAGCGAAGAAACAAUCUUCUACUGGCGGGGGCAGAUGCAAGAAAUGGAAACGGACUUGGCGUAUGAGGUAUUGGCGGACUAUUCGCUGCAAGAGACCCCUUUCUACGAGGCCCCGACACCGUCAGGAAGUGUCAACCUGUAUCCUCCGCCUAACGAGACACAGUCACAAUCUACCGUGCUGCAGUCCCGCAAUAUCGGCAAUAUUGGCCGUCGCUACGAUUCGGCGUAUGAUCUUUCGCUGACUACCUCUAUGCUGAGCGGCAAAAUGCAACUUAUGAAUACCAGUAGUUCCACCGGAUCGGGAACAAACGUUGGUGCCACAGCGCUUCAUGGUGGAAUGCAUCACACGGCGGGUAGUCAUCAAACAAUUCAACAGAAUCAACAUCAGGCCGGUAUAGCACUGGUUCCGAUCGGUGUGUCUAACCUCAGCUCAGGAUCGUCGCUCACGUCGUCCAUCAGCAGUGGAAACAGUGGUGGAACCAUGAUCCGACCGAAGAAAAUGAAGAAAUCCGUCAGUUUCCUACCGACUUUCGUGCAGGGCUACGAUGGAGACUCGGGUCCAAUACAACUCAAACAGGAGCCGUUGGAUGAUGGACCUAUACGAAACAUACAGAAGGUGCCGAGCCUGUCCGAUCUGUCCGACCCCGAAGCAUCACUUGAUGUACCGACGCAGAUGCCACCAUUGACGCCUGGAACGAACAAGAAAUUAACUGAAGUCCUAUACGCAUCUUUCGCUUCCUGGGAGAAGGAAGUACAGACGUUCAAAAUUACCAAAGAUCCUCGGCAAUGGACAGCGGAACAUGUGCUAAUUUGGUUGAAUUGGUCGAUCAAAGAGUUCUCCCUGGAAGGUGUCAACAAGGAACCGUUCCAAAAGAUGAGUGGCCGCGACAUUGUUGGACUAGGUCGCGAAGGAUUUCUUGCAAUUGCUCCACCAUUCACCGGUGAUAUUUUGUGGGAACAUUUGGAGAUACUACAAAAAGAUUGCGAAAAGGCGCUACUAGAUCACGGUUCCUCUGUCGGCGGCGGUGUGUACGAUGCGUCCUGCGGGCAGACGGGAGGCGGUGUUGGCGUUAACGAACUCAAUGACUACAACAGUACCCUCCAGCGGUUAAGUGGCCAGCAGCAGCAGCAGCAGCAAGAAUUCGGGAGAGGCAAUGGUUCGAGCAGCAAUAGCAACAACAGCAGCAAUACACCCGCAUCUACCUCCAGUACCACUCCUGGCACGACAACCCCGAACAGCAGCAGUACUACAAACACCAACAGCGGCGGCAAUGGAGGGUACGGAUCAGUACAUGACCGCAGUACAAGUGAUCGUUCACCGCCACCACCCCUAAUACCGUCUAGUGGAGGCAACGUCCCAAACGGUAACACGAACGGCAGCAGUAGUACAUCCUCCAUGACAUCCUACCUGUCAUCACUUGGGUCAAGGGGCCCGAUCAGUGGAGGUAACGGACCCGGGACAACGAGUUCCGUGUAUCAUCAGCAAUCUGGCAAUGGUGGUGCGAUGAAGGAAGAACAGGAGCCAAACAGUUUCAUCAACAUUGACGAUCUUCCGAACUAUGGCGUUGUACCAGCACAUUAUGACGAGCAAGAUCAAUACCAUUCACUCCCGGCACCGGAAACCCAACCGUCAUCGCAUGGAUACCUCGAAAACAGUCCCGAGUUUUACUCAGCCAUUCAGAUGGAGCAGAAGUAUAUGCCACCGCACUACAAAUCGGGCCCCUACACCAGUCGAGGAGGGCGAUACCAUCAGCCACACCACCACAGCAGUAGUUCCGGUAGUGGAGGUGGAGGAGGAGGUGGUGGAGGGUCUGGGAACCAACAUGCACAGCAACAACAGCACCACCAACAGCAUCCACAGCAGCAGCAGCAGCAACAGCAGCAGCAGCAACAGCAACAUCAGCAUCACCACCCUCACCAUCAUCCGCAUCAUCAUGCGCACCACCAUCCUGCCAGCCAUCAUCAGACAGCUCAUCACACGGACAGUGGCUAUCCGGAGUAUGGUUCACCGUACGACACACCUCCGUUCCAGACCGUGCCCAGUAAUACGACCUCGCCCCAGAGUUCGGCCGCAUCCGGCAACGGAGCUCCCGGUGGUCCUGGAGGUAACGGCAGUGGCAAUACCAACAACAACAAUAACAACAACAACGGAGAUUUACUCGGAGGCCACGUGGUCGAUCCGUGGAGCUUACACCAUCCCGGGCAACAUCCGCACUCUGGAGCACCGCAUCCCCUGCUAGACUUUCAGCAUCCAGCCUACAUGGGCACGACGAUGGGCUUCGACAAGACUAUGUUGGGCUCGUACGGGGCACAGGGCGGUGCACCGUGCUUUACCGGUAGCGGGCCAAUCCAGCUGUGGCAGUUUCUGUUGGAGCUGCUCACGGACAAAACCUGCCAGAGCUUUAUCUCCUGGACGGGAGAUGAGUGGGAAUUUAAGCUGACCGAUCCCGAUGAGGUCGCUCGGCGAUGGGGUGUCCGAAAGAACAAACCAAAAAUGAACUACGAAAAGUUAAGCCGUGGCCUCCGGUACUAUUACGAUAAGAACAUCAUACACAAAACGGCCGGCAAACGAUACGUGUAUCGAUUCGUAUGUGAUCUUCAAACACUGCUGGGCUACUCAGCGAAACAGGUGCACGAAAUGGUUGAUCUCAAGCCUGACAAAAAGGACGAUGAAUAGACUGGUGAAAAACAAGGCGGG